AUGCAUCGAAUGAUGAAAGAAGAAUCAAGUUUCGGGACAGGUGGCCUGGAAAAUGUGACACGGGACCCAAGCAAAGAAAAGCUGCACAUGAAGCUCUGCAGUGGGUCCUGCCACGCUGAGCAAAUCCUCCAGACGCUCAACUCCUACAGGCAGAGUGGCAUCUUCACAGACGUGGUGCUAUUAAUUGACGGACAAGAAUUCCCCUGUCACCGUGCCACGUUGUCAGCCAACAGCACGUAUUUCCGGGCCAUGUUUGGUGGCAAUCUCAAGGAAGGCCACCAGGACAUCAUUAAUAUCCAGAAGAUAUCUGCUUCCACUAUGUCUCUCCUUCUUGAUUAUAUGUAUGGGGGGAACAUCAUCAUUCAAGAGGACAACGUUGAAGGCAUCUUGGAACUGUCUGACUUGCUGCAGAUCUCCAAGCUCAGAGAUGCUUGUGUCACCUUCCUUGAAGGCCAGCUUCACCCAUGUAAUUGUUUGGGCAUCAUGAAGUUUGCUGAUUCAUUCUCCAUUGCGUCUCUGACAGAAAAGAGCAAGAGGUUCAUGCUGGAGUGUUUUGUGGAGGUGUCAUGUCAUGAAGAGUUCCUGGAGAUGGAUGUGAAGGAGUUGAUUGAAUAUCUGUCUGAUGAGCAGCUGGUGGUCCCCAAGGAGGAAGUGGUCUUUGAAGCUGUCAUGCGCUGGGUGCGGCAUGAUGUACCUGCCAGGAAGGGAGCCUUGAAGGACCUCCUUGAACAUGUGCGUCUGCCCCUGCUCGAUCCCACCUACUUCCUGGAGAAAGUGGAAAUGGAUGAACUCAUCCAGGACUCAAAGGAGUGCAUUCCUCUACUGCACGAGGCCCGCAAGUACUACAUCCUCGGGAACGAGGUCAGCUCUUUACGAUCAAGGCCCAGAAGGUUCAUGGAGCUGGCAGAAGUCAUCAUCAUCAUUGGGGGCUGUGAUAAGAAAGGCCUUAUGAAGCUGCCCUUCACGGACCUCUACCACCCAAAGAGCAGGCAAUGGACGGCCCUCUCCAGCGUGCCUGGCUACACCAAGUCAGAGUUUGCUGCCUGCACAUUGAAGAAUGAUGUGUACAUAUCAGGAGGACACAUCAGCAGCAGCGAUGUUUGGGUGCUGAGCUCCCAGCUGAACGUCUGGAUCAAGGUUGCUUGUCUGCAGAAAGGCCGAUGGAGGCACAAAAUGGCAACACUUCAGGGCAAG